GCCCGAAUCCAUUUGGUGUGAAAGAUCUCUAGGCCUGAUUUCGUUUCCUGUCCUGUCCCAAAAAAAAAAAGACACCACCCCCAAGGCUCCCGCGACAAAUCUCCGGUAGCUUAACAACACCCAUUUCCCAUACCAUCCAUCCAUCACCAGGCAGCAGCAAUGGACUCCGACUCACCACAACCCGAACCCACACCAGUCCCACCCUCCACCGAUCCAUUAACCAACCAAUUCACCUCCCUCAACGACCUAGCCCACGAACUGACCUCUCUCCAAGACCUAGCCAACCGCGGCUCCUGGCUAUCAAUCCUCGACAAAGUCAAUCGAGCCCGAUCUCUCUCUCUGUUAAAUACCCCACACGAUCACCUCACUUACCUCGCUUACAUCGUUCUCUCUUUCACUAAACUACGCCGUUUCCAAGAAGCCCAGACAGAACUCGAUUCCCUCGAUGAUUUUAACAGUCACCAUUACCGCUACGAAACUUACCCUAAAAUUUACCCUAACCGGUCCGGUUCAAUGGUCCCUUUCUCUCUCCGGUGGCUGCAUGCGCUGCUCCCUAUUAAAUUAGGCAAUCGUCAAGAAGGUUUAGAUCGGUUUUAUUUGUUACUUGAUUUGGUACGUGAAAAACUGAAUCGCAACGGAAACGACGAGUCAGACAAAGUUUGGAGGAAGAGAGAGGUUUUUGUUGUUAAUCAUAUAAUUAAUCAGCAUUUGAGUAAUAAGGAGUUAAGUGUUUGUUUAGAUUUGAUUAAUGCUUUAAUCUCACGCGGGAAUUUAGAUCCUGCUUUGUUGUCGAAAUUAGGGUAUGUGCAGAUGCAAAUUGGGGAUUUGGAUGGGGCAAAUGUGUCAUUUGGUAAGGUAGAGAAAAUGGCUAGUGAGAGUGAAGAGAAUGAGUCUGGGUUAAGGAAUUUGGUUAGGAGGAAUAAAGCAUUGGUGUAUUUGGUGGCGAAGGAUUAUUUGUCGGCGGUGAGGGAAUAUGAUGAGUGUAUUGAGAGGGAUGGAAUGGAUGUUGUGGCGAUUAAUAAUAAGGCGAUCUGUUUGAUGUAUUUGAGGGAUUUGUCGGAUUCGAUUAAGGUUUUGGAGAAUUCUCUGGAAAGAGUGCCCACCGUUGCAUUGAAUGAGACGCUUGUUGUUAAUCUGUGUAGCAUGUAUGAGUUGGCUUAUGUUAAUCAUUCGGAUACUAAGCGGACACUUAGUAAUUGGAUUGCUCGAGUCGCUCCAGAUGAUUUUGAUUCUUCUUGUACCCGGGUUUGAGAGAUUGAACAUAAACCCAGCUUGAAUUGUCAUAUUGUGUAAACUUAGAACUUUGGCUUAUAAUCUAUUUGUAUGCCUGGCAUUUUACUCCACACAGUGGGAAACUCAGAGGACAAGCUGUCAAAGUGCUUCAAGCUUGCGAGGAAUGAAGUUGGAGCCAUGCUGGUGAGUCAUUUUUAGGCUAGUGUACUUGCUUAGAACAAAUAAAAAACUGAGAAUGAGGUUUGACACAUCAAUGGUUUUUUGAUGCUUUUCUAUGUGAGAUGCAACACCACUUUAAGAUUGUAUAAUCUUGAUCUUCCUCAUCCUGAUGUAUGAUUCACAAAGUAAUACACCUGUAAGGAGACAGUGAGAUUUGCAGAACCUUAGUACAUUAUAAGUCAACAAGAGAGCACCAAAAUUAUAUUUUGGUUGAAAAUCAUUAGUUUCAUUGAGGUGUUUGUAUUUUCUCUUUAGUUAGUGUCACUUCCCUGUGCAUCUUCUUUACAUUUUGGAAAAAAGAAAAGCAAGUACAACUGUUUGUGAUUGGAUAUUAACUUGCUUGCAAAGUAAGGAGUAUGGUGUGUUCUAAGUUACUUGGCUACGGUGGAGGUGGAGGUAGAAGUUUUGUUGGCAGGGGAACUAUCAAAGGCAGUAUAUCCCAGAUGAGCCCAGAAGAAAAUCCAGAAAGCCCCUAACAUAUUCUGUGAUGGAGGUGAACAUCUUUGCUAGAGUGAGGCUGUGCUUGUGUUUCCAAUAUAAACCUCAAAUAGUUUACAGUAGCAAUUCACUAAGUGUGGCUUCUAUAUUAGCUGUUUUGAAGAAGGAAGCAGGGUAUUAAUGAGUGUUAAUUUUGUAAGGAUACUCGUUGACUUGAUUGAAUAAUUGUGUGGGUAUCGACUUUGGAAUUUCUAUC